AUCCCUAGCAACCGAGCGGUUUGCGUGGCAACCAGCCCGCGGUCCCUCAGCUUGGCCGCGAUGCCGCUGCAGGUCAGCGAUUACAGCUGGCAGCAGACGCCGGCUGCGGUCUUCCUCUCUCUGCCCCUGCGCGGCGUCUGCGCCAGAGACGCGGACGUGUUCUGCGCGGAGAAUUACCUGAAGGUCAACUUUCCCCCAUUUCUAUUUGAGGCAUUUCUCUAUGCUCCCAUAGAUGAUGGGAACAGUAAAGCAAAGAUUGGAAAUGACGCUAUUGUCUUCACUUUGUACAAAAAAGAACCAGCCAUGUGGGAGACCCUUUCUGUGUCUGGUGUUGACAAAGAGAUGAUGCAGAAAAUAAGAGAAAAGGCUAUUUUACAAGCACAGGAGAGAGCAAAAGAGGCUACCGAAGCAAAAGCUACAGCAAGACAGGAAGAUCAAAAAUAUACUUUAAAUGUCGCAAUGAAGAUUGAAGAAGAAGAGAGGAAAACAAUAGAAGCUGUGAAGGAUGCAGAGCGGAGGAAAGCAACUGCAGACCUGGAGGCUUGGAAGGAGCGCCAGAGAAAAACCGGAGGCCGAGAGGGAGCCCGGGGAGGAGAGAGAGCGAGUCACCCAGGAGACCCAGGCGGAGAAACGGGGAGGUCAAAGCGCCAGAGGCCUGCCGGACGUGUGGCGUCCAGGCACCGCGCUGCAGCAGGAAGAAGCCCUGCAGACAUAUUUGCUGAGAAGCCGGAGGGGGCUCACAUCCCCACACCACGCCGGGCCGGCCGCGUGGAGGUCAGCUUCACACCACGCGUGUUCCCCACAGCCGUGCGGGAGUCUCAGGCUGCCCAGGAGGAGGAGUGGCUGCACAAGCAGGCCCAGGCGCAGAGAGCCCUGAACGCCGGUGUUCCUGAGUUGUGUGAUUUAAAAGAAGAAGAGAAGAGCCCCGAUUGGUUGAGGGAAAAAGGAAACAAAUUGUUUGCAACAGAAAACUUCCUGGCGGCGAUUAAUGCGUACAGUUUAGCCAUACGGCUGAAUAACAAGCUGCCCGUGCUGUAUCUCAAUCGGGCUGCCGGCCACCUCAAACUGAGAAACUUGCACAAGGCCAUCGAGGACGCUUCCAAGGCUCUGGCGCUGCUCACCCCGCCCGUCGCAGACAAUGCCGCUGCCAGAAUGAAAGCGCACGUCCGCCGGGGAGCCGCGUUCUGCCAGCUGGAGCUGUACGCGGAAGGCCUGCAGGACUACGAAGCUGCUCUUAGGAUCAACCCAGCUGACGCAGCUGUGCGGAAGGAUGCUGAGAAGAUUCGGGACGUACUCCAAGGAACCGCGCCAACGUCACCCUGAGUGCUUAGGACCAGGUUUUCAAGGUACUUUUUCAAAAGGAGGAGCGCGGCAUGGUGGCGCACCCUUCUGAUUGUACCAGUUAGGAGGCUGAAGCAGGACGAUCUAGCGUUCCACGCCAGUCUGGGCUAUAUAACGAGAUUCAGUCUCAACGAAACAGAGCUGGAGACUUUGGGAAUCUUUGGACAUACUGUAGCUGAUUGUGCAGUCCAUGAGCUGUUUAAUACUGAGUCCUGUAAGGGCUACAUGUGACACGUCUGUGGAAAGGGAAGAGUUUGCAUUACAUCAUUUCCAAACAAGAAUGACCGCAUAAUUAUAUGUAUCUGUAGCACAUUGUUUGUUGCUGUUAUCAAAUUACGGUGGCUUUUGGGACAGAGCCGUUGCUGUGGUUGCCGGGACACAUACUGAGUAGUAGUUCACACUGUGGAAUCUUCCAGGGAGUGCUUGUGUUCUCUGAAGCCCCUCUGUAAUAGCUCCUACUCUGACCCACACACACUCAGAGCCUGCUGUUUCUUUACGACCUUGUGCCCACCUGCUGCAAAAACAACUACUCUGCUGAGAAAACCUUACCUUCAACUUUGUUGUAAAAACAGAACAAAAACUUUGGCUGUUUUCAAAGAACAAAACUAAGAUCAUUUAGUGCAUAGAUCUUGGGCUGUUUACAAGAUAGUGAGUCUCGGUAAAUGAGCAAAAAGGCGGCUUCCACCUCAGAAGGGCCAAAGAAAGCAGAAAGAAUAAAGCACAGCUGGCACACGCUGGGACCCCAGCUCUCAGGAGACGGAGGCAGAGGCAGAGGUGGAGGCAGGAGGGUUGCUGUGAGUUCAAGGCCAGCC